GCUGAUGACGAAGCACUUGCGGCCGAGGCGAAAGCCAGCCCGCAGAUGUAUGUGGCAGUCGCUAUUGCCAUGGUAGGCGCUGCCAUGUUUGGCUUCGACCAGGGCAACUUUGGCAAUGUCCAGGCAUUCAAGUCUUUCCGGCGCGAGUGGUGCCUGGGUAGGUAUGGCGAUGAGGAAAGCUGCGGCGAUGAAGGAUCGUUGGACAACGAUGACUGGAACGACCACUUUGUAACAUGGGGUGCCACCCUGAUCACCUUUGGUGCUGCAGCGGGUGCUAUCAUUGCAGGGCCACCAUUGACCAACAAACUUGGACGACGGCCUUGCAUCCAAAUUGGUGGUGCAGUGUGCCUUGUUGGUUGCCUCAUGGCAUCCUACGCAUCAUUUCACAGUGUAGAAGAAUUCUUUGUUGGACGUUUCGUCACAGGAAUUGGUGUGGGCAUCAGCUGCUUCGCCUUGCCACUGUACAACGCAGAGAUUUCGACGCCUUCAAUACGAGGAGCUACUGGCUCUUUAUUCCAACUGAACGUUGUGGUCGGAUGUUUCAUUUCUUGCCUGAUCACUUUCUUGGACAAGGACUGGUAUGUUGGCAUGCUACUUCCCGGACUGGCAGGUGCCGUGCUGACCGUCGGCGGUUUCUUCAUCCCAGAAUCUCCUCGCUUCGUAAUGGAGAAGAUGAUUCACAAAGAAGGACCCGAGGCUGCCAUGAACUCUGGCCUCAGGUAUUUGAAGCGCAUUAGAAGUGGAGACGUGCAUCCUGAAGCCAACGAGAUUCUGACACAGAUCAAGGAGGAGAUGGACAUUGAGCACGUGAGUUUCCUUGGCCUCUUCAAAGAGCGUAACCUGCGGAAGCGCGUCCUCAUUGCUUGCACCUUGGUAGUUGGCCAGCAAGCCACUGGCGUGAACGCUUUCUUGGGUUAUGCAGCUACACUUUUCAAAGAGUGUGGCAUUGAGAACCCCAUCCUCUUCAACUCGGUCUUCAAUAGUAUCAUGAUCUUUGGCUGUGUCGCCGGACUGCUUCUGGUUGACUCCAAAUAUGGUGGCCGUCGAUGCCAGCUUUUGGUGGCGACUGCAAUGAUGGGCCCUCCAUUGGUCGUGGCUGGACUUGCAUUGCAAUUCCAAUGGCCAGGGAUCAUCACCAUGGUGACUGUGAUCAUCUACGGUGUGGGCUUCCAGUUUGCAUGGGGAACCAUCCCUUGGAUCUACCCAGCCGAAAUCUUCUCUAUGGCAGAAAAGGAAUCCGCAGUGUCCCUAGCUGUGGGGGUCAACUACGUGGCAAAUGCCGCCAUCAUCUACAUCACACCCACACUGAUGAAGUGGUCAACUCCAGGAACAUUGCUAUUCUUUGGGGCCUUGAACGUUCUGAACGCAAUCUUUGUCCUCGUAUACAUCAAGGAGACCAAAGGUGUUGCGUUGGAGCACAUCCCAGAUCUUUUCCGCCGGCACAAGGCUUUGGCUGGGGAGGACUCCUCCUCUGACUCAGACCUGAGCACAUCAGCAUCGGAGUUCUGA